AUGAUUUCUAUAAUCGUAUUUGUUUCACUUACAAUUUCUAUAUCAACAGCUCAAAAUAACAUAUCGGCACGAGCUACUUCUCCUUGUACGAAAAAUAGUGAUUGUGUGCAAGGAAUAUGUGAUACAAAUAGAACUAUUCCCGUAUGUUCAUGUAAUCAAGGUUGGACAUUUCCACGUGAUGGAUCUGAUCGAUGUACUUAUCAACAAAAAUCGAAAUUAGCAGCAUUUCUUCUUUCGUUUUUUGCUGGUGGUUUAGGUGCUGAUUGGUUUUAUUUAAGUGUUGGAAAUGGUGGUUAUAUUGCAGCUGGAGUUUUUAAAUUAUUAACACUCGGUGGUAUUGGUAUAUGGUGGCUUGUUGAUUGGAUUAGAAUUUUAACUAAUGCAUUUUUAGAUGGACAAGGAGUUGCCUUACUUGAAUGGACUCCAUGA